AUGGGGAACGCUGCGAACAAAAUGACCUUCCUAACUGACGACCGCGCCAGGGGGAAAAACAAAGCGCCCGAAAAAAAGUACAACAUUUUAAUUUUGGGCCUUAACGGGUCGGGCAAAACAACGCUACUGUAUCAUAAUUUUAUUCCAGAAUGGACAGACAUCACCUCGCACAUGGAACCAACCAUAUCUUACCACUACGAGGAGAUUAAAUGGGUAAAUGGGAGAAUCGGUUUUUGGGACAUGUCAGGGAAUCCAAUGAGGAGCAUUUGGCAACUGAUUUAUCGGAACGUAAAAGUGAACGCAAUUUUGUACGUUAUUAACAUAAUGGACAUAUCGGAUGAAAUUUUGAGAGAGAAUAAUUCACUGAUAAGUCUUCUACUGAACGAUGAAUGUCUGCAAGCGUCCUGUGUGGUGUUAGUCUUUAACACCUUUAAUGAUGUGGACAGUGUAGAUGAAGCCACAAAAAAUCAGGUAUUCGUUAAGUACAAAAUCAAAGAUUUGAUUAACCAUUAUGGGAAUAGAAUUCAUCACAUUUUUGUUGAUUGCAAAAAUUGUAAAUUGGAUAAAAACUGGAUGGGGUUGAUGCAACAAAUUUCGUACUACUUCUGAGGUAAAAAAAAAGA